AUGAAUGUUAGAGCCCUCAAGGGCGUGCAAGGAAAAAGCUCAUUUAACAUGUGGCACAAUGGAUAGGAACGCCGAACUACCACAGAUAGUCAGACUGCAACAACUUAUGAAGGGAUCAGGGAUUAUCAAACCAAGGAUUCAAAUACUGGUGAAUAUUAAGAUGCGAUGAGCAAUACUAAAUCAUAAAAUAAGAAGUUUAAGUAAGUUCUUGCAUAUUUUCGGAAUAAUUAAGCAGCCAUUAUAUUUGUAUUUCCACCAUUAAAAAACAAUCAUUAAUCUUUAACCUGUGAUAUUUAUUAACCAUUCUAAAGUGAUUAAAGUAAGACUAAUGUUGAUGUCAAGAGCAUAGUAUCAGCUGAGUUCAAACCAGAAUCAAAUAUUAUAAAUUUGACUUUGAGUUUACCAAGAAAUAAGGAACUGCAGCCUGACAUCAAGGAAAAUCCAAGUGUCAAAUAUAACAUCGUCAAGACAAUAUGCAACACAAACAAUAGUUUUUUGCCCAACUUUUCUAUGAAUCCGAGCAUCAAUUCUUCUUGGAAGAAGCAUUUACUGCUUAAUGAUGUUUAACAACAAUCACAGACUCCACAGAUAGAAAAGACCAAGCAGUUGAAGAUGGAAAUGAAAGACCUAAGAAAGCUCAGUUCUAUCAAAAAGGAUCAACCACGUUAAUUUGCUAAAUAGAUAAAGCCAUCAACAUUAUACUAUAAAAAUAAAAGAGUCAACAUUUUUAUGAUGAGUGGAGGACUAAGAUACGGUAUAAACUAGCAAAGAUCAUACUCACUUAACGAUUUGACCGCUCGCACAAAUAUGCUUCUUUAAGAGGGUGAUGAGGAGUUUGAAAAAGUGAAUUAGAGACUGUCCCCUUCACUUUCAAGACUAGAUAUUAAAAUAUAGGAGUCGUUUGCCAGACUAAAGGAAUAGAUAGAGUGUAUCGAUUCCUCACAAAAGCAAAAUCAAGCCGAGGAAGAAAAGGAAGCAGAAAUAUAUCCACCUCUUAUUACUAGUUAAGAUAGAGAAAUAAUAAUGAGUUAGACUACUUUCGGACUAGGUUAGCUUUUAAAAAACCUAGAAUAGACAACUGUAGUUUAACAUGAUCCAUCAUUACAGAAUCCAUCACAAUAGGAGCAUUAUAUAAACUAGCUGAGCAACAUUUAGAUUCAGAAUACAAAGCCGAUAAUUUAGACAUUAAUUAAAGCUAAGAAUUAGCAGUCACGCACUAACACGUCGCCAACAAAAGCCUAUCCUAAGGCAGCAACUCAAAAUCUGCAAUUGAGAGAUUUUUUGGAUUGUAGGCAAAUGAUGGUUAGUCUUAAAAAAUCGAGCGUACAGUAUCAUUAGAAGUUAACUGGAAGAAAGCGAAGAUCACCACUCAUUGAUUCAAAGCAUGAUCUUGUACAUAUGCAGAACAGUCUCGAAACUGUUGCUAACUCCUCAAUAUCUCCAGGCUCAUUCAGGCAGUAAAACUUAAAUCUAAAGUCAAUUUAUAAAAGCAGACAUAAUUCUAAUGUUAAUAAUACUCCAACAUUGAAAAUAAUAAGACUUAGAGAGAGCAAUAACUCAAAAAUAACUGCAAGGCUUUCUCGGGAAAUGAUAUAAACAGAUGAAGGUAAUUCAGCUCACAGAUAUGAGAUCUAUGAGAACAGCAUUAUUUAAAACCCUCCAGUAGAAUACCAAAAGCCUGCUUCUAUCAGGGAAAUAUCAGUUUUAAGGCCAGCCAGUCACAUGCGAAGCAGUAUCAUGAGUAAACGACAAUCUGCUUCUGGUAUAAAUCAUGAGAGUAGUAUGAAUUCAAACAGAAUAGGAGUGGGAGCCAAAACAGUUUAAUACGACGAUGGCUCCUUAGACUAUUAAAAUGGGAGAGAUAAAUCCUCUCAAAGCAGGUAUUAUAGCAACGGAGAUAAUAAAAGUGCUUUGAAAGAUGUUGAGAAGUAAUCCUCCAGAUUUAACAUUGAAAUGCUUAAAAAUAGCAAAGCUGUAAAUAAACUAGACCUCUUGAUGAAAAGACAAGCAGAGAUUAGGAAUAAAAGAUCAGCUCUGUUCACAGCUCUACAGAACAUUAGACAAUUCGACUUCAGCAUGAAUGAAACCCCUAUGAGAGGAUCAAAGUACUAAUCUACGCUUAAUUCACCAUCUGGAUUGAUAAACUACAAUAAUUCUUAGAAGUACAGGUAGAUCCUGUAAAAUAUAACAUAGAGAUUCCGAUCAUAGAGACCUUCGAUGGAAAAUUAAAUAAUCUAGGGAAAACUUAUAAAACCAAUAAAACAACUUUACUCUGAGAAAAUGUAAGAAUUGAAACAGCUAAAAAAAUUGGAGGACCAGAAUAAAUAUGUUUCAUUUUCAAAUCAUGAGACACACACUAAUCAUAACCAUAAGUAAGGCUCGGAGAACUCGGCGAACGCCUCAAAUUAUAUGAGAAUCAUGAGUAAAUAUCAAAGCCUGAUACCAUCAUCAACUCCAACAAACAAACAGCACAGCAGAUUGAAUUCUGAUAUUGGGAUGGACUAACAAAAUGGCCUAAGUGACCAUAAUAGCAAGUAUUUAACAAAGAAGCUAAAUAACUCAAACUUUUAUCAAUAAUUCUAGAAAGAUUUAUCUAAUCAAAGGAAGCUUAAUAUGAGGAAUCAAACAGAGCGCAUUAAUCAUGGAGCUAUUGAAUAAAUUACAGUUGGUAGAGCAACUAGACUUAGAGAUAAAAAUGGUGGCAAAUAUGUUUUGAGCAAGUUAAAAAUCUAGGUAAGUUCUGACACACAGACUUUCUCGUAAUUGAACGACUAAAGCAAUAAUAAUCUUGGCACACCAAUGUCAAAUGACAGAGGAAAUGCUAAGAGUAAAAUGCAUAAUAUGACUUUGACAGAUGAUUUCAAUCAUACACUUACCAAUCAGAAUGAUGGACUGCCUGCUGCAAUAACUCAAUCACCAAUAAUUACAUUCAAAAGACCAUCAAGAAUAGAUUCAUCAACUCAGAGGAGACUUAUAAUAGAAAGAACUAUUAGAACUAACGAGAAACUAGAUUCUAAUAAGUUAUCAUCUAGAGUAAAAGAGCGCAUUUUCUUUGGUGAUGAUCUCAACUAAAUUUUUCCUGUCAAACUUUCAGAUUGA